GCCGCGGAGCCGCGCAGCCGGCGCGCGGGGCUGCGGCGCUUGGGCCGGGACUCGGCCGUCGCUGCCGUCGGAGCGGGGCAGAGGAGUGUGCUCCGUCACCUGCCGCGAGCUGCAAUGCAUGCUGCUUUCUCUCCAGGACUGUGAGCUUUGAUACUCGGAAGAGAAAACUCAAAGAUGCCAUCUGAGAAGUGCCUGAGUGUUCAGGAAAUGCUGACAGGUCAGAGGCUGUGUCAGUCCCGCUCCCACAACGAUGCUGUGCUGGCCGCCCUGAACCAGCAGAGGAGUGAUGGCACUCUGUGUGAUGUCACCCUGGUUGCUGAGGAGCAGAAGUUCCACGCUCACAAAGCAGUCCUGGCGGCCUGCAGCGACUACUUCCGAGCAAUGUUCAGUCUCUGCAUGGUUGAAAGUGAAGCUGAUGAAGUGAAUUUGCAUGGUGUCACGAGCCUUGGAUUAAAACAAGCCCUGGACUUCGCCUAUACUGGACAGAUCCUCUUGGAACCAGGGGUGGUACAGGAUGUCCUGGCAGCUGGGAGCCAUUUGCAGCUGCUGGAGCUCCUUAGCUUAUGCUCUCACUAUCUGAUUCAGGAAUUAAAUAGCUUUAAUUACUUGGACCUGUAUAAGCUCGCGGACCUCUUCAACCUCACUUUGUUGGAGAAUGCAGUGGUUGACUUCCUAGUGAAACAUCUCUCUGAGCUUCUGAAGAGUCAUCCUGAGGAAGUUCUGGCACUCCCAUAUUGUCUCCUCCGAGAGGUUUUCAAGAGUGACAGACUCACUUCCCUCAGUGAGGAGCAGAUCUGGCAGCUGGCUGUGAGGUGGCUGGAGCACAACUGCCGCUACCAGUACCUGGAGGAGCUGCUCCAGUACGUCCGCUUCGGCCUCAUGGAUGCCGACACACUGCAUGCUGCGGCUCUCGCUCACCCUCUCGUCCAGGCAAGCGAGGCUGCCACGGCGCUUGUCAGGGAGGCUCUGGCCUACCACCAGAGCACCUUUGCACAGCCUCUCUGGCAGAGCAGGAGGACCCGGCCGCGCUCCCAGUCGGACACUCUGUACAUCAUCGGCGGGAAGAAGCGGGAGGUGUGCAAGGUGAGGGAGCUGCGCUACUUCAACCCUGUGGACCAGGAGAACGCACACGUGGCCGGCAUCGCCAACUGGAGUGAGCUGGCACCCAUGCCCGUGGGCAGGAGCCACCACUGCGUGGCCGUCAUGGGGCACUUCCUCUUCGUGGCGGGCGGCGAGGCGGAGCAGUGCAGUGGGCGCAGCUGUGCCGUGCGCACCGCCUGCCGCUACGACCCCCGGCGUGACCGCUGGGCAGACAUCGCGCCCAUGAAGAACUGCCGCGAGCACUUCGUGCUGGGCGCCCUGGGUGACUUCCUCUACGCGGUAGGGGGCAGGAAUGAACUGCGCCAGGUGCUGCCCACUGUGGAGCGCUACUGCCCCAGGAAGAACAAGUGGAGCUUCGUGCAGCCCUUCGACCGCUCGCUCUCGUGCCAUGCGGGAUACGUGCUGGAUGGGCUUCUCUGGGUGUCAGGAGGAGUCACAAAUACUGCACAGUAUCAAAACAGGCUCAUGGUCUAUGAUCCUAAGCAGAACAAGUGGCUAAGCCGCAGCCCCAUGCUGCAGAGGAGAGUUUACCACUCCAUGGCUGCUGUCCAGAGGAAGCUCUACGUGCUGGGUGGGAACGACCUGGACUACAACAAUGACCGGGUCCUGGUCCGGCACAUCGAUGCCUACAGCAUCGACACUGAUCAGUGGACACGCUGCAGCUUCAGCAUGCUGACAGGUCAGAACGAGUCUGGCGUUGCUGUCCACAACAGCAGGAUAUAUUUAGUUGGGGGCUAUUCCAUUUGGACCAAUGAGCCUCUGGCCUGCAUCCAGGUGCUGGACGUUAGCAAGGAAGGGAAGGAAGAGGUCUUCUAUGGGCCCACUCUCCCCUUUGCCUCCAACGGCAUCGCUGCCUGCUUCCUCCCAGCCCCUCACUUCAGCUGCCCUGACCUGCAGACCCUGCAAGUGCCUCACCACCGGCUCGGGGCUCUGUGAGCCAGGGGGCCUGCCCCACGGCAGCACCAGCGGGGCAAGGCUCAGGCUGUGUCCAGACGGGCUUCCGUGGAUCAGGGGAGGAAUCAGCCCACGCUGGCUGCUGCUCUACCUUCACACAGUUGUCUUAAAGUUGGAUCACGACAGGAGGAACGCUACAAAAGCUGUCUGCAGUUCCUCCCCUCUGCCUCAGAUACAGACAUGAGAGCAUUGUGGCGUUUCUGCUGGGGACCACUUACUACCUGCCUCUACUCCGUGUCCUUAUGAACUUCCCAAGACAUUGUGAAUGCUCUCAGCCUCUCCUGGGCUGCUGCUCUCCGGAGCCUGCACGCUGGGUUUCGCCAAGGCACUUUCAGGACUGGCAGAAAGCUCUGCUGGCAGAAAGGAUUCAAUACUGUGGUAAUUAUGCAACUUACACCAUACCAGUGGCAAAAAAGAAUAACAAAUGUGUUGAGUUCCACUUCCAACCUCUGUUGUUUACAGUUUCUCAGUUAAUAAUGCUUCAUACACUCAAAAUCCUCCAAAGCAGAUGAAAACAAAGUUAAACCCAACCAAGACCUGUAGUAUCUGAGGAACAGAGAAGAGGAUGAAGACACUGAAGCCUUGUGGUUAAACUCAAGCCCAGACUGAAUGUGUUUGAUCAUCUCAAGAUCAUGAUUUGGGAGGCCAUUUACCAAGGACCACUAUCAAAUAAAAGUUACCUUCGUCACAUGAUCGAUUCCUCCUGCCAGCUGCAGUCACUUACUGGUGGAGAACACCAUGAUUAAAAUAUGCCAUUUGCUCAAUGCCCACUCUGCAAGGGGUCACCACAUUCACAGUUGUCAGUGAACAAUCUCAUUCUGUCCAGCAUAUGGUCCCAGAACUCACUGGUCUCCAGAGGCUGACCAGGUGUGGACCAGUGUCACAUUUAUUUCUUUACUCUCAGCUCAUUCAUGGCUCCAUGCCCUGCUCCAGGCAUGCCCCAGGGCACAAACUCCCUCACCUGGUCUCUUUUGGCCUUGCUCAGCUGCUGCUGCCCCUGCCUCACCUCUGUGCUGUAUCUCCAUAUGUACCAGCAGCCCCAGUGUUUGUAAAUGUGAACCAAAAGUGUCAUUAAAUCUUUAUUUAUGGUUUGUGAGUGCCAUGCACUUUUCUGCCUUCCCUCCUGACCUGC